AUGUCUGAGGUCGGUCCUUCAGACCAUCACCAUGACUCUGCACCCACCUACCAAACGUCACUGCAAGACGAGGAUCAAUCUCAUAGCGCAGCUCCCCUCUUACCUAAGUCUGGAGAUUAUGAAACCACGCCCGCAGACGGGAUGAAAGAGCUCGAAAUAGGAGACGUCAAGAAUUUCAGCCCGAGCCCGAAUCCCAGGCCAAGCUCUUCCUUCGGGAUUGACGAUGCAUGGACCCCCGGCUUCAAGCGGACUCAUUCCCGAUCCAGGACCUCCAGAUGGACGUGUCUACUGUUCCUUCUCAAGGCUGUCCUGGCCGUUUGGUUCAGUGUAAUGCUUUAUAAUGUCAUUCGGUAUUGUGCUCGGUCGCCCAAAUCCACCGGUGAUCUUCCAGACACCAGCUCCAGCACCAGCGACGAGGGUAGCCCCGCGUCUGCAUCUGCAUCCAGGGACCGGAGAAUAGCUAUCGACUCCAACGCCGCGAACAUACACGGCGUGUACCCCCUCUACGACUCCCUAUCCCUCACCACAACAACAGGUAACAUCACCGUAGCCAUCGCCCCGCAACCGGCCCACCCAGACCACCCAUUCGAGCCAGCGCGACUGCAUAUCCGCUCCCUCUCAGGGACAGUCACCGUCUCAUUCACCGCGCCAGAGGCAGCCAUCCUCCCGGACCUCGAACUGGCCAUGAAGCUGGACCAGGACGGCAAUGAUUCACUGCCACAUACCCAGGUCACGAAAACCUGCGAUCUACCAGCCCGUCCCUACGAACUCGACAUCCAGACUGAGACAGGGCCCAUCGCAGGCCGGAUGGUCUUUUCGCGCUCUGCGCGGCUGGUUUCGGGCGGUGGUGAUAUCACUGCUAUGCUUAUUCCGGUUAUUGGUGGUGUUGGCGAGGAUUGCACCGGGGAUAGGUGGCGGAAUGUGUCGAUCGUGACGGAGACUGGAUCCGGUGAGCAGCGGGUUCAUGUUACACAGCCUUAUGUCUUGGGUUCGAAGGCUGAGGCUGGGGCUGAGGCCAAUUACUUUGUGGCGGGGUGUCAUGUUGCGGGGAAUGGGGCGAUGGAGGUUGCGUAUCCGGCUGCUUGGGCUGGGAAUGUGCAUGUGCGUACUGAAGGUGGGAGCGUAAGGCUCGAGGGGGAGGGUGUGGAAGUUGUGGAGUCGGGAGAGGGGAUGGCCGAUGCGAUGGUUGGGACAGGGAGGAUUAGUGAUGAUGAGAAGGACGAUGAGGAAAGCGCUGACGAGGGUGAGGGUGACAAUGAGGAAGACGACGACGACAACGAUGAAAAAAGGCGAGGAGGAUGGAUGGAUGUAACCUUCAGCUCCAAGGAAGGACCAAUCCUGUUCUAUGUUGGGUAA